AAAAAGUAGGCAUUUUUGACACAUUUUCUGAAAUUUCAAAAUUGAAGUAAAGCACCGAAAUGGCAACAGUCACUAAACUCCUCUCACACGGCCUCAAAGCCCUCACCCAGAGGGGAAACGGCCCAAACCCCCUCCUCCACUAUAGCAGCAGUUCCACAACAAUGAAAGUAACAAUUCUGGGAGCAGCAGGCAACACUGGCAAAUCGAUGAGUUUGAUGCUGAAACAGAGCCCUUUCAUCGACGAACUCUGCCUCUACGACACUCAAUCCCUCGAGGGAUUCACCAACGACUUGAAUUAUGUUGACACAAAGUGUCGCGUGACGUCAUAUUUCGGAAACAAGGACAUACACAAGGCUUUAACUAAAUCCAACAUUAUUGUGAUUUUAUCGUGUUUUCGUCACACUACAGAGGCACAAAACUACGCGAAUUUAUUCGACCGGAAUGCCCCAAUUGUCAAGGACCUGGCCACAAGAAUUGCCAAGUUUGCGCCAAAGUCCACCGUAGCCAUUGGCGUGGAACCCAUCAACAGUAUGGUACCAAUGUUCAGCGAAAUCAUGAAAAAAUACGGCCAUUACAACCCUUACACCAUUUUUGGCAUUACAACAGUCGACGUGGUGAGAACCAACAAGUUUGUGGCUGAAAUUCUGGGUCUGGAACCAGAAUGUGUGAUGGUACCAGUCGUGGGCGGCCAUAGUGAAAAAACCAUCGUGCCCGUGCUGUCAAAAGCGACCCCUUGUAACGACCUCACAAACGAAGAGCUCGAAGACGUCACAAUCAGUGUGCGAAAAGCCAAUGAGAAUUUGCAUAAAGUGCGGUCAGAUGGCGCUUAUUUGUGCAACGCCUUCUCGAUUUCGCGUUUUGUCAUCUCAUUGGUUAAGGCAGCUCGGGGGCAAAAUGACGUAGUUGAGUGUACGUAUGUCAAGUCGAAUGUGCACCCCCAGUUGAAGUAUAUGGUGAGUCCGGUCCUGUUGGGGCCCGGGGGCGUGGCGAAGAAUUUGGGGCUGCCCGAAUUGAGUGAUUAUGAGACUUGUUUGUUGGAGAAUGCGAUUCCGAUUUUGGCUGAAGAGAUUAAGAAGGGGGAGUAUGUGGGGGGGCGGCCCAUGGACUUGAUUGAUGGGGUUUUGCACGAGAAGCCCCUUUGUGAUCCGUGUAAGGAGCCCCGGUGUCCCCCCGAUCAUUGCGAGUUGCAGUCGCUGUUUGCCGAUAAAUAAAUCAUUCCAUUUGAGAGUAAUUAAAUGAAUAAAUAUUUUUGGAGUGAA